UUUGAACCCGCACAGUGAGUGCAGAGCAAACUGGAGUUGAGGUUACUCUGAGAAAGGAGAGGGAGAGUGGGUGUUACUUCCGGCUGUCAAGGGGCUUGAAUGAGCAGCAGCUUCCUGGGAAAUGUGGAGUGCAGAUGAUACGUAGCUUGGCAAAAUAAAACUGUUAGAAGCGUUUGUGAAGGGCGUCCAGAAAGACAAACAGAAGCACAGCAGAAGAAUGGCCACAGAAUUCGAUCUGUCUCCUCCAGAAAUACCAGAACCAACCUUUUUUGACAACGUCCUGUGUUAUGGCUUGUUCCUAGGGGCAAUUUUCCAGAUUAUCUGCAUAUUGUCUAUCUUAUUACCUUCCUCUAAAUCAUCAGAGCCAGAAUGGGAACAAUCUGAGUCGAAGCCUGCGGAUACAAGUAAAAAGCAGAAGCCUCCAACUCCUUCCUCAGGCAAGAAAACCAAGAAGGAGAGCAAAAAGAAGAGAUAGCUUACCAGGAGAGAAUGAAAAUUAAAAUAACACUGACGUUUCUGUAGUGGUUCUGCUUUUAUAUGAAUUGUUCCUGAAAAUGGAUAAACGUUUUUGUAAAAUUCCAUGCCACUUACAUGUAUGGUGGCCUUUCACAAAAAUGUUGCAGCUUCAAACUUAAUUUCACUAUCCCACUUCUCUUGUGUUGUCCCUGUAAAUUUUAAAAAUGACCAAUUUAUAACCAACUUUGUAGUGUUAGUUACUGUAUACCUAAAGCUACACGUGAACCUUCCAUUACCACAAAAGGUUCUUUAAUGUUGCUGUAGAUGAUGGCCUCAGGAGAGCAGCACUUCUUCAUACACUGCUUAAACACUACUAACACACUAUUUCUAAAAAUAAAUAGGAAUAAAUGUUUAUAACCUGUAUUCCACAGUGAGCCUGGGAACAACUAUAUAAGUUCAUCUCACUGUGUAGCCCAAUAUGAUAGAUAAAAAUGAGCAUUUUUAUAAUGCAGGAAUGAGGGCUUUUUAAAACUCCCAGAAAAAUUUAGGUCCAGAAAUUUACAACAGUUUCCUCGUUAACUUUUGGAUACCUUCUCCUCCUUUCAGCACAAAUGCCAGGAAGCAAUAUUGAUAGUUAUCUUGUUUUCUCUAACAUCCCUUCUUUGAGUAUUUAGAGCCCGGAUUUCUGCUACCAGCCCAACUGAGACUUUUCUAUGGAAGGCUGAGUGAAAAUGGCUUGUCAGUAACUCACCUUCAGCCUAUAAUCAUUAAACAACUUGGAAAUUAGGUAGCAAAUGUUUGUUAAGCUGUCCAGCCAAAUCUGUGACUUGUUCAGAGAAAAAGUAUUGAACUUAGACCACACAAACCCUCUAUCUUAUCUUACAUGUUUUGGUCCGAUCCAUACAAUUGUGAAUCAACUGGAGUAUCUCUUUCCCUUCUCUAGUACAACUUGUUAUUUUUUUAAAAAAAGCCUUCUGAUGAUGUGUUUGGAGCCAUAAACCUAUUGAGUAGAUAUUUUUCCAGUUGCCUUUACAUUGCUGUCAAGAUUUCCAAUUUUUUUGUGGUAGAGGUUUUUUGCACAAUUAUUCAUAUUGAGAUAAUAAAUUAUAACUGCUUCAAA